AUGUCGGUCACCAACAACUCUACCCCGAUGCCGGCACUCAUUUCUGAGCUCGAGGAAUGGAAGGAAAAAUGCCGUCAACUUGAGCGCGAAAACGAGCAACUUCGCCAAAAGAACGAGGCGGAGGCCACCGCUCGAGAACAAGAGCAAGUCAUCAACGUCGCGCAAGCAAUCGAGAUCGUCGAUUUGAAGGACGAGCUCAAGCAGGCCAAAUCUCAGAUGGUGGCCUAUGAGGCGUGGCAGACCCGAUACCACGACCUACAGCUCCAGCACAACGUGGUUAUGUCUCGCCUAAAUGAAAUCGUGGAAACACACAGGAGAAACAUCACCGAGGCGUCGAAAAAGACGAUUGCGAAUCUGACGAAAGACGUUGCACACUGGAAGGGCAUGUAUGAGCGCGCCCAGAAGGUCCUAUCCAGGCUGAUCCACAGGGACAUCCUCACUGACGCUCGGUUAGACACCUUAAAGUGGUUGUACAAAGAGCUGUCCACCAACCCGCGCUCCAUGUACUUCGCCACUACCCUCGCGGCGCAGUUUGCCGAGGACCCGCGAAAGUUCCUGGAUACGUGCAGCACUGCUGCAUUCUUAGCGGAUGACACGAACCUGAUCCGGUAUGUUAGGAAUACUAGGGCUGCGCUACACAAUAUCCGUCCUGGAUAUCGCCUCUCUAUACAGGGGCAGGACCCGGACAACUGGCUCGUGGAAGGCAAAUGGCCUUGGUCCUACGUGAACCCGGAGGAUGCGGGUAAGGUUGAGGAGUUGAGAGGCCUGGUGUCAGACCCACGCUUCAUUCCCAUGCGGAGCCACCGCAUAGUCCAUUUGCACAGGUUGUUGCUUCGUCGCAACAGCGAUGUUGUGUGAGCUUUGAUGGUCGACAAAAUUUCCUGCGCCUUCUCUGAUUCUCGUGCACACGAACUUUAGAAACUGGGGGUGGUAGCGGGUAUCCUUUUGGAACUUCGGAUGUUCUUUCUUUCGUUCUCUCUUUCUUUCUUUCCUUUGAGUUCUGGUUGAAUUCUUUCUAAGAUGAGCGGAAGGAGAAACUAGAACACAAAACGCAAAAAAAUCGCUAAAACCUACGUAACAAAAAUAUGGAGGCAAAAAAUGAGAAACAUGAUAAAAAAAAAAAAAACUGAAGUGCUGGAAUAUUGUAAAAUACCUAAUAUGAACUCGUCAAAUUAGUAAUGUCGCAUACUUUUCUCAUUUUUUGGUGGGUAUAGCUUGCUCCCGUU